CUUUUUGUGAGUGGGGGAGGGGGGGCGCAGAAUUUUUCUUUCGCCUAGGGCGCAACACAGCCUAGCGCCGGCCCUGGUAGCGGAGAAGUGUGUCUGGCUUCUACACCUCUCUCUCCACAGUAGUAAGAGUCCAGCGCCUGUGAACAGUCCAUCACUACCCCAAUAUGCUGAUCGAUGCUUGCCUACACUACUUCAGUCCGGAAAUUCGUGAACUAGAGCUCGGCUAUAUUUUUCAGUGAUUAUUUCUGAGACCAACAUUUAUUAUUAUUAUGUUUGUGUGUUUGUCUUUUUAGUAAAGCCCUUUGAGCCCACCUUUUAGUGGUGGGAAAAUGUAAAUGAUAAUAAUAUUAAAUUGUCUGCCAGUGUUACGAUUACAUAUACAUCAGACGUAUAUUACCUGAUGAGGUGGUACAUAUAUAUAUAUCGAUGAGGAGAUGAAAAUGCACAGCUUCUUGCGUGAUUUAAAUCUUGUGUGAUUUAACCCGCUAACACCAACACUACACGAGGAUGCCUUAUAUUAUAUAUAAUCUUUGCGCUGAUUGUCCGCAAUCCAUGACAUUUACUUUCUCGGUUUUUUCUAAUAAUCUUUACCAUGCACACAAACCAUUAUACACACAGCUGCAUAUAUAGGAACAAUUAAAAUAAGUUUCAUCAAUAUUCAUGAAAUCCUACAAUGUGAUCGUGAUCAGUGUACAGUAAACAAAACAUGAAUGAGGGGGAUGGUUUCAUAUUUCGCCAGUCAUCUCGCCCCACAGCCUGAGUCAAGUCGUCCGAUAUCCAUUUCAUCCCAUGUCAGAGCAGUGGUGGGGGCGAAAUGAUCGGUGACGUCAUCAAGCAGACGACAACGAAGUGCAGCAACAUCAAUGGAUAUUUUCGUACAUUUGAACUUUUGAGAACAGUUGUAUCGCAUGUAGCAGGGAUCUGCAAAUUCAUAACAGCAUAAGGUUUUUUUUCUUGCUUGUUUUGAUCGAAGCUACAAAUUAAUUCAUAAUAGAUUUGUCAGUUUGAAGUAACGCACGCGUGCUUUCAUUUUCAUCUUGUUAGUGAUUUGGAAAGUGCGGGAAAUACGAUUAAAUAGUUCGUGGUGUUGUCGAUAGUGGGGAGAAGUGGGUACGUGGGGAUGAUUAAAUAUAUCCUCUGUGUACCACAGACCGUGGUGUGUAAGUUAAUUGCAUUAACCUCGAGUUAAAAAAAGAACGCAUAGAGCGUUGUGAUUUUUUUCACGUUAUUUUUAGGGAACAAUUUAAAAAAAAAAUUGAAUUGACCUUAACUUCAUCGAUCGACGUUCUGAUCGAAGGCCAUGCAAUUUUAUAAUUUGUCGUUUUCCUGACAGCUAUAAUAUUAUAACCAACUAACGUCACUGAGUUUGAAAUUAAUAGGCUGUAAUCUCAAGUCAUGGUUUUGCACUGGGUAAAUACAGUUUGUGUACAUCUUUGUUUUUUUUUUAACCCGCCUCCAUGCACAAGUGGAAAACAAAAUCUGUACAACUCUUCCGCAAGCAAUUCUACUUUGAACAUCAAAUUAGUCAACUAUAAAUGCUGAAGUUAAAAUAAAAAUUAUAUAAUUAACACUAAUAGCCGAAAAUUUUUGUUUACCACAUAUACAACUUUCAAAAGAGGGACAUAGAAACAUGCACAUCUUUUAUACAUCCUGUGCAGGGUAUUUAAUGUCUUUACUUUAUGAAACUCUAUGAAAUUGCUAUUUGUCAUUGAUAAUUUAUUAUCGAUUAUUGUUAUGGAAAUCCCCAAGAACUUUAAUUAUCAAAGCAAACUUUUCUUUUAGCAAAAUAACAGUUGAGUGAUGGAUGUAAAUGCUGUGGAAGCAUCCACUUCCAAACCAACAGAAGAACAGAUCUCUUCUGAGAAAAUGUCUACUGACAGCCAAAACGCCAAAUCAAAUUUCAGAACAAGGCUGAAGUCUUCUGUAUACAGGAGAAAAUGUCUGAAAACUCUGUGGCUUGGAUUCAGUUUCUAUGCGAUGCAAUUAAAGUACCAGCUGAAUGAUGGAUGUUAAUGAGAGUAAUGAAGGCAUGGAAGCUAACUCCGCUUCCAAACCAACAGAACAGAUAUCUUCUGAGGAAAUGUGUACUAACAACCAAAAUGCCAAAUCAGAUUUCAGAACAAAGCUGAAGUCUUCUGUAUACAGGAGAAAAUGUCUGAAAACUCUGUGGCUUGGACUCAGUUUCUGUGCACUGGGUUUUUCAGUUAGCCAGAGGGGUCCUGCUUUCCUGGACAUUCAGAUAAUCACACAAACAGAUGUGGAAUCUGCUUCCUUUUUCUUUACUGCUGCUUCUGUUGGCUAUCUGAUUGGAUCCUUGACUGCUGGAGUGGUGUAUGACAAGCUAAACAAGUCAAUGUUGUUAAUCAUGUCACUGCUGGGAUUGUCUUUCACUACUAUAGCACUGCCGUGGUGCUCACCCUAUGCUCUCAUGAUCGCAAUCCACUUUAUUUGUUCCUUGUUUGGUGGAUCUGUCGAUACAGUUGGGAAUGCAGAGUUGGUGAGAAUCUGGGGAAAAGAAGGGGAAAUGGCGAUGCAGUUUCUCCAUUUUGCUUUUGCCUUUGGAGGUGUGAUUUCUCCAUUAAUAACUGCACCCUUCCUGACACCAGUCCAAGAAGAAGACAGUCAAAGUAUAGAGACAAACACAUCCUCAUUAAUAUCAACCACUUCAAAUGGAACUAGCAACAGCACUGGUCCUGCACUACCACUGACUACUACCGUGCACUACGCCUUCCUCUUAUCUGGGAGCCUGAUGUUCUUAACAUGUGUUCCUCUUAUUGUGCAGUGGUUUACAGAUAGAUCAGAAAAGAGAAGACAAAGUAGAGAAGAUGAGAAUGCAGUGAAACAGCCAUUACCUUCUGCUUUAUUUAUUUUUGUUUUGCUGACACUUUGUUUCAUGUACUUUUUGUACAGUUCCAUAGAGGACACUUUCACAGCUUUCUUGUCCACCUUUGUAGUAAAGCAUUUGUUGUGGAGUAAAGCCCUGGGAGCAGAAAUUACUUCCGUUUUUUGGGCUUCCUUUGCUUCAGCCCGAUUUCUUGCUAUUUUUGUUGUGCAUUACAUUUCAGCUGUCAGACUCAUGUUUAUCUGUAGUACAUUGAUGGUAUUUUCACAGUUUGGGUUCCUGUUGUCAUCUCAGUUUCAUUUUACAAUAGGAGUGUGGUUUUGCACUGUCUUUGCUGGGAUUUCCAUGUCCUCUAUCUUUCCAACAGGGUUUAUGUGGAUGGAAGAAGACUUUGUCAGAGUGACAGGCAGUGUAGCAUCCUUCAUCCUUGUUGCCUCCUCCUCAGGUACUAUGGUGAAUCCAAUAGCUCUUGGUGCCCUUAUGCAGAACUUGACACCAAUGUCGUUUUCAUACCUUCUUUCAGCUGAGUCUGUUUUGUUUUGGUGUGUUUUAUUUUUCCUCUUUUGUCUAAGUCGGCUGUAUAUCCGCAAGCAUUAUGCUAUGUCUAAAGUUACUGUACAAGAAGUAGUUGCUCCCACAAUCAAAGUGGAUGGCAAUACUGCUCAGGACACGCCUGAUAUUUGAGUUAUUAAAGAAUAAUUUUUAUUAGUUCAUAUCAAUUAUUAAAGAAUAAUUAUUUUAAACUAAAAUGAUAAUUUUUAGUUCUAGCUGUAGAGUACUGAUAAUAUUAAAUGUAUUUUUUUCAAACUACUGUUCAGUUAAUUGUUAUUUGUGCCAUUUAUAGUUAUUUGCAUUUUGCUUUGGACUUUAAAGAAGAGAUCCAAGCCUGUAGCAACUCCACCAAGACCUGUCAAAAAGAAUGUGUUAAUGAUGUUGUUUUAGGGGUUUUCUCCCAAAGAGAGUCUCAUUAGGGAAAUGAUAAAUUAUUGUAAACUUGCUUUUGUCUGUGCAUUAAGUUUAUAUGGUGUGUGGUUCUCUUUUUCUUAUAGUAUGACAUUGCUUCUAGUCAGCGACAAUUAUUUAAGUGCCAAGAAUUUACUUUUUACACUGCUAUAACUUGUAAAUUUAUCUACACCGAGCCUAACCAGACUGAAUUUUUAUAUAGAAGAAAGAAGUCCUAAUGCAGAAAUAAUAUUUUCUUAACAGAAGUAACUCUGCAUCUAGUGUUCAUAAUCUGUGUUACUCCAGAGCUUAUAAUCAGCUGAGGUACUUAAAGUAACAGAUUGAUAUGUUUAUAUUCAUCAUUAGCAACAGUCAGCUAUAGUUAUAGCGCAUUUAGUUUGCCACAAUAUACUUCGAGGUUUUCUAGAUACCAGCGCAUUGAUGAUGGCAGAAAAGGGUUAAAUUAGAAGGCUUUUCUUGUGAAAGGAUAAGAGACUGAAGAUGUUUGCAAUUCCGAGUCUAUUGUAAUUGUUUGCUUUAACUAUACUGAGAGAAUCUUUUCAUCAGCUUUGUUAUUUUUAUACUCAGCAUACUUUGUGCCGUUUGCAUUUAUACAUUUUAUCUUGUACUCAAGACUUUUAUAUUUUGAAAAUUUUAUGGUCUGUGAUCAAGAAAUGAAAAAUUUUAUAAAUUACUUCACAUAUAAGUAAGAAUCUGUUGAUGAAGUUAACAUACAGAGCAAGUCAAGAAUAGUAUUAGUGGUAAUAAUAACAGGAUUUGCAACGCCCAUGUGAAUGUGAGCUCCAUAUAUUGCAUAUGAAAGACUACAAAUGAGUAGUUUAAGUCUGUACAAGAAACACAAGCAUCAGCAAACAGAUGUAACCAUGACAAAAACAUAAACUAAGUGCAUGGAUGAAGAAUGUAGUUGGACAGCACUCAUGAUUAUGCAAAAUAUUUCUUAAGAGAUGGGCUUUGAGACUGGAUUUGAAAGCUUCAAACAUAGACACAGUUUGAAGAGUUAGGAAAUAAGAAGAACAGUGGAGCCUGAGAAUGAAAAGGGGUCUGUACCAGAGAGAGCAAAUAUCCAGUUGCUAAUAUCUGUAAUCAAGGAAUUUGACUGCACCAGAAAAAAAGUAAGUUGUUAGACUGGAAGGAAAUGGUAAAGUGAUCUCUUUGAAGUAGGGAGUGUGGGUUGGUGGAGGGAAUGAACUUUAAACAAAACUUUUUCUUGAAUUUCUUAAGUACAUGCAUGAUGCUUGUAUUUUUACGUAUGAUUAUCAGUGGGUUUAUUUGCAGUCCUUUUGUGUACAAUUCACUGAGCUCACCUUUACAUGCACUCUACAAAUUCUAUUCUUUGCUAUUAUUUUGAAAGAAAGGAUGCCUUAGGUAUUAUGACCCAUGGACUUAAUAUUUACAUCUUUAAAUUUACAUUUACCGGUGAGCAAACAUACUAUACAGCUUGAUAUUUUGUUUUAUUGCUUCUGAAGUUCAUAUCUGGUAAAGGAAAGAAAAAGGAUGUAUACAAUGAUUAUUUAAAAAGUUUAAAAUUAUAAAAAAAGUUUUAAAAUA